UUUGGGCCGAUUUCGAUGGGGAUUUUUGGGAAUUUUUUGGGGAAUUUGGGGAAUUUUGGGAAUUUUGGCCUCGCCCGUGUUUUCCAGGGAACCUUUGGGGUCUCUGAGCCCCGAGGAGCGCGACGCCCGCACGGUUUUCUGCAUGCAGCUCGCCGCCCGCAUCCGCCCCCGCGACCUCGAGGAUUUCUUCUCCGCCGUGGGGAAGGUGCGGGACGUGCGGAUCAUCUCGGACCGGAACUCGCGCCGCUCCAAGGGCAUCGCCUACGUGGAGUUCUGCGAGAUCCAAUCGGUGCCCUUGGCCAUCGGCCUCACCGGCCAGCGCCUCCUCGGCGUCCCCAUCAUCGUCCAGGCCUCCCAGGCCGAGAAGAACCGCCUGGCCGCCAUGGCCGCGCCCCUGCAGAAGGGCUCGGGCGGCCCCGUGCGCCUCUACGUGGGCUCGCUGCACUGCAACAUCACCAAGGACAUGCUGAGGGGCAUCUUCGAGCCCUUCGGCAAGAUCGACACCAUCGUCCUGAUGAGAGACCCGGACACGGGGCAGUCCAAGGGCUACGGGUUCAUCACCUUCUCGGAGGCCGAGUGCGCCCGGCGCGCCCUGGAGCAGCUCAACGGCUUCGAGCUGGCGGGGCGGCCGAUGCGCGUGGGCCAGGUGAGCGAGCGCCCCGACGGCGCCACCGACGUCACCUUCCCCGGCCGGCGCCGCGCGCCGCACCUGGCGCCGCACCUGGCGCCCAGCACCUGGCGCCAGCGGCAGGCGUGGGCAUCACGGCGCCGCUGACGUGCGGGGACGAGCCCGAGCUGGGCACGGCCGCGGGCCGGCUGCAGCUGAUGGCCAAGCUGGCCGAGGGCUCGGGGCUGCAGCUCCCCGCCCCGGCGCAGGCGGCGCUGCAGCAGCUGAACGGGGCCCUGACCCCGCUGGGGGGGCUCAACCCCGCGGCCCUGACAGCCCUGAGCCCGGCGCUGAAUUUGGCCUCGCAGUGUUUGACGCUCUCGGGGCUCUUCUCGCCCCAGACCAUGUGA